AUGUCAGGGUUCCGUUUGUUCAAAGGAGAAAAGGGCGAACGAGGUUUUGACGGUCUUCCUGGAUUACCUGGCGCUACAGGGCCUGCUGGUCCACCAGGGCCUUCAGGAGCUCUGUCCGAAGCAAUUCAGUACCUACCAGGCCCUCCUGGACCUCCAGGUUCUCCGGGACCACCGGGGCCUCCAGGAGUUUCUAUAGUAGGUCCUAAGGGAGAGCCUGGAUUCAGUCAUUAUGAAGAGUAUCCUGUACAUGGAAGUCCCAAGAUCUAUGGGAGACCACGGCCUACUCACGCACAUUCAGGGGCUGGUCAAGCCGAAGGCACAAGCAAGUCUGUGCCAAGUGCCGCAGUGUAUCAAACUACAGAGGAAAUGUUAAAACUCGCAUCAUCGAAUCCUGUCGGUGCAUUGGCUUACGUUGUCGAAGAGCAAGCUUUGUUUGUUAAAAUUAACUCCGGAUGGCAGUAUGUAUUGUUAGGAUCGUUAGUGACUCAAGCUGCGCCUGCGCCGGCUACACCUUCACCUCCGCCGCCUCCCAUGCCCGCUGCCAGUUUAGUUCACGUGCCACCUAUAUCUAAUUAUGUGGAAAACACGCCCGUCGUUGGACCCAGCAUUCAUUUAGCGGCUUUGAAUGAACCACUAUCAGGAAGUAUGCAUGGCAUCAGACGAGCGGAUUACGCGUGUUACCGACAAGGAAGACGUGCUGGCUUCAGAGGGACCUUCAGAGCUCUGCUCACUAGCAAAAUACAAAACCUAAACUCAAUUGUGCGAUAUUCUGACCGACACCUUCCGGUGGUUAACACAUACGGAGAGAUGCUGUUCAGGUCUUUCUCUGAUAUGUUUCAUGGUAACGAUGCCUUGAGUCCAGAAGCUAGGAUCUACAGCUUCGAUGGGCGAAAUAUAAUGACCGAUCCACAUUGGCCACAGAAGGUAAUAUGGCAUGGAUCUCGAACAAACGGCGAACGAGCUCUAGACGCAUACUGUAAUGAAUGGCAAAAUGGAGACCCGACAAACAGGGGCCUCGCCUCAUCGCUUCAAGGACACAAAAUGCUUGCGCAGGAAAGAUACCCUUGCAGUAACCAUUUCGCAGUACUUUGUAUUGAAGUAGCUUCGGAAUUGCAUCCACGAAGAAAAAGAGAAGUGGCGAGGACUAACGCAACCGGUGUUUUAGAUGAUGAGGACUAUUUAUACAACGCAGAAGAAUAUCAACAGCUUCUUAAUGAAAUAUUUGCUCAACCGUUUAGAGAAAAUUAA